CGGUGCGCUGUUCCCUCCACCGGAGCUAAAGCUAAUGCUAACGUCUGGAAACACGGAAGAGCGGAAGUAGUUGACGCGAGAAAAACUGCGUCAGAUCUCCGGGUGUAGCGGCGCAGUCGUGAGGUUGGAGCAGCGCGAGGAGAGAAGGAGAUCCGUGUCCGGUUAAAAGCUCCUCUGCGAACCGGUGCCAUGAGCUGCGAGCUGAAUGUGCCUAUGGGCUCCCCGGCCCCGGGGGUCUCGGAGCACCCUCCCGAUGGGGGGGGGAUGGACUACAGGGACUGGGUGCGGCGCAGCUACCUGGAACUGGUCAGCUCCAACCACCACUCGGUGCAGGCCCUGUCCUGGAGGAAGCUCUACCUGAGCCGGGCCAAGCUGAAGGCCUCCAGCAGGACGUCCGCUCUGCUCUCCGGCUUCGCUAUGGUGGCCAUGGUGGAGGUGACGCUGGAGAUGAAGUACGAUUACCCCCGCGUGCUCCUCAUCGCCUUCAGCGUGUGCACCACCGUGCUGGUGGCGGUGCACCUCUUCGCUCUGCUGAUCAGCACCUGCAUCCUGCCCAACGUGGAGGCCGUCAGCAACAUCCACAACCUCAACUCCGUCAGCGAGUCGCCCCACGAGCGCAUGCACUACUACAUCGAGCUGGCCUGGGGCUUCUCCACGGCCCUGGGCAUCUUCCUGUUCCUCACGGAGGUGGUGCUCCUCUGCUGGAUCAAGUUCCUGCCCAUAGAAUCGUGCCGGGACAAAAAGGCCGAGCCUGGAAACGGCACGGCGGAGGCCACGGCAAAGUGCAAGAACGUGGACCACAGCGGCUGGGACGCGGCUCUGGCCUCCACCAUCAUCAUGGUGCCGGUGGGGGUGAUCUUCGUGGUGUUUACCAUCCACUUCUAUCGCUCUCUGGUGCGCCACAAGACAGACCGGCACCACGAGGAGAUAGAGGAGCUGCACAAGAUUAAGAUACAGCUGGACGGCCAUGAGCGGUCCCUCCAGACUGUGUGAUGGCCUCACAGCAGCUUUGAGAACUUCCACUUGUAUCUUAUUUUUAUCUAAACCCUCUCACCGCUCUGAGUCCUGGUCGUUGAUAUUGCCUUGCUCGGACCCGGAGGCUUUAACCCCCCCCCCUCUCUGUUUGCGAUUCAAAUGGCUGUUACAUGUCAGGGUUGUAACUUAUUCUUUAGGUCAAUUUCCGUCGUAGGUUUUCGUGCAGUUAGCUCGUCUGUUUGAGAUGUGUCGGUCAAAUACUAUCGUUAAAAAAGGUUUACAGCAGAAGGGCUAUCGGUUCUAUGUGCCAUGUUGUUCCUGUCGUGUUCGUGUCUGCGUGGAAGCGUCGUGUGAUGAGCAGUUUCAUUCAGGGUCGAGUUCUACAUCAGCAAAACAUCCGGAUCGCUCUGGAAUCCCUUAUUGAACUGUGCUCUGCCAAAGACUAUAUGUAGACAAUGAAUGAAUCAACGUUUUACUUAAAUCAACAGAGCGGCGUGAAUCUCUUUUAAAUUCACAUGACAUCAAUAAUUUACACUGAUUAAAUUAAUAACUGAGCCGGGAUCAGCAUUUGGAGCCAGAUGAAAAAUAACAAGUGCCAAAGUUCAGUUUUUACAAGUUAAGCAUGUAUAAAUAUUCAUUCAUCCACUUAAAUCUGCUUUUUUUACUCUUACUCAUAAAUGUGGGUUUUCACAAAUGUUGAAAGGAUUCGACAAGAGAUUCGGAUUUCUUAGGAUUCAUAUUUAACGAACAAAGACCCAAUCAGAAUCUCUAUUCUGGAAGAAUGAUGGGUUGAUUGAACAAGUUAAAGCCUAAACACCAACACAAACUAUGAAGAGGUUGAGAAAAGCCUGAUCUCACAAUGUUAAAGAGAUCAACAACAACACAAAUGUGUUAUCCUGCAUCUUUGUCGGGGAUCUGCACCUAAAUUGAAUGUGUUCUUUUCUUGACACUUUCUGCAUUGCGUUACCAAGUUUCGUGGAAAUCUGUUUCUUAGUUUUUGCUCACAAACAAACAAACCAGGGUUAAAAACAUAACCCCCCCCCCCCCCGCUCACACUCAGUCUCACGCUUCACUGAGCUCGUUUCAACUGUAAACACCGCAACCUGCCUGCUUUGCUCUGUUGUGGCUGAUGGAGUGUGUGUGUGCGUGUGCAGCAUGGUUCAGAAACGACAAACUGUCAAGUCUUAAAGUGUUGCGUCCAUGUAAAAUAGCAAAGACGUUGUUGUCCCUGUUUUGUUUGUUUGUUUUUUUAUGUCCAAAAAAACUCAUGCAAGCCUCGGACCUGUUUUAUCCUUUUCUUCCGUCAAAGAGCUUUUUAUAUCAAACCGAUGCUGCUCAAGCUGCUUCGAUAUGAAUGUGCUACUGUCCAAAUACAGCUCUGCCUUACUGAACGAUGCCUUCUCAUGAACGUGUAAGGUUUUAAUACAAGCAGAUCUUUUGUUACUGUCGUCUGGAAAUGUGCAAACGUCACAAUGGAAAUGAGUGAAGGGAGUGAGAGCUCAUGUUGUGAUCAGCUUGACCUUGUGACCUCUGCUUUGCUUCGAUUGUCCCUUAAGUUUGUGUAACUUAGAGAAGCAGGAGAUGGUUUGUUGGACGAGGCCGGACUAUGUUACUGUGUUGUUGUUAUUUUUUGAUUUAUAUUAUUAAAGAAGGAAGAAGUUAUCACAACCUGUUUAUCACAUUCCACAAUCUGAUGACUGACCAAAGUGACGCUCGGUUGUUUGUUUCCCGCUUCUCCGAAAAGAUGGAAAAAGAAAGUGCACUUGUUGUUGUUGCGGCAAAAAUACUUGUUUGUGGAUUCGUGCUUCUUAAAUGGAAAGUGUGGAGCUCAUUGAGAUGAUGAUGAGGAUCACAGCCGGCAGCAGAACUUCAAACAUUAAAAUGUGUAUAUAUGAUAAA